UUUUGCUGCAGGUUGUUUACGUUAUUGACGCAAACUAGGAAACAGCGGGUGUGAAUUUAAAAAGUUGAAUAAAAAUGCACCACGGAAAUUCAACGGCGAAAAACGACGAGAAACCAGUAACAACGUCAAGCAAUCGGUUGAGACCGCGAGGUAUUACGGCUAAAUUUCCUGCUGCUCGCGAGGGCCAACACUGCAGCAAACACGCUUCGCCAAAGAACGACCAAUUGCGGCCACUGAGUGGAACCAGCAGAACGUGUAGAAAACCACCAUGCUCGACAAAAGGAUACAGUAGGAUCAAACGGCAGGCCGCACAGGACCGCUUGAACAAGCUCCGAGAUCAUCUACACCAGGAACUGUUACAACAAAAACAUUCGAACGCUAAACUUGAUGGCACGAAACCAAAAACGCUAGUCGCAGGUGUCCUAGCGACGGAAUGCUGUUCACAGAAGUCAAGAAGUUUGGAUGGGGAUAGUUAUAUGCACGAUGCUUGUGCAUUGCAAAAACAAAUAGCCAACACACCACCCGUACCAGUGCCUAUGGAGUGGGAAGUACUUACAGAACACACCCAGCAACAGAAUGACAAAAUCAAACCGGAACAGAGUGACCAGUCAAUGAUUUACACUAAAACAAAAGUGACAACGAACUAUUUGGAGCAUGUAGCAUCGUUCGAUAACUAUAUGUUCCUUGUCCUCGACAGUUGCGUUUACAUGAAUGAAAUUGAUUCAAUUGUACGAAUCUUCCAUAGCGAAGUGCCAAUUAGCAAACCUCAACCAAUUUUGGUCGUACCGUACAAGGUGCUGCAGGAAUUGGAAAGGUUAAAAAACAAGAAACACGAGCUUCUGGCGGCGAUCACCAAGACGAAUAACUUCCUUCAUUCGAUGCUUAAAAAACGCGACAAGCGCAUCAAAGGUCAGCGGCCUGCGGACUCACAGCUGAAACUAUUCGAGUUGUGCUCACCGGACGAUUCCAUUCUAAAUUGCGCGUUACAGGUGAAAAAGGUGGCCGGGGAGAAAGUGGUUCUCGUGUCGGAGGAUUGCAAUCUGCUAACGAAGGCACUCGUUGGCGAGUUGAAGGCUUACAAUUGGAAGGAAUUUUGCGAUCGGUACGACUUUUGACCUCGCCUUAGAUAUAUAUGUCGCUCAGUUGUACAAAGGACCGCUCGGCGGAUGUAGUUGUCGGAUAAACUAAGAACAGUUAAAAUAUUGAACUAUCGGCUCAGAUAUUCGCCAAACGUUCUGGUCUGGACCAGUGCGUGAAGCUCGAAUGAAAU